AGAUGGUUGCCUGAUUUGCCAGUUUCGAGUCGAGCGCCACGGCCGUUCUUGAUAGGCUCUCGGUGUACGAGGCUCUUUGUCUAAGAGGCUGAGCACGAAGGAGGGGCUGGAAGCUGGAACUCAUAAACACCCUCAUCUCUGGUCGAUGUCUCCAGCGUCACUUGUCCAGCAAAUGUCGUUACGGCGGAAUUCACGGGUCCUCACACCUGGCUCUCCUGGCGAGCCACGCGCGCAGCACAAUAACACUGCCUUUGAUACGUCUUAUACUGUCACUAGCCCAACCUUCAAGUCAAGGCAAUGUUCGAGCUCCAGAGAUUCACUAUAUAACUCCUCCUUACAGAGAGGUCCUGAUGUACCUAAUCUGGCGGGAUAUCUCGGCUGCGUUCCUCAAGCUAGUGCUUCAAGACAUCAAGCUCGAGUGCCUCGAGGUCACUAUGCCGGCUACAGCAGUCGAGCUUCCCAGGCCGGUCCUUUGGGCCAUGAAGCUCCAGUUCCUCAGUACAGUGGCCCGGGAUAUGCCGCAGCUAGUGCAACUGCGCUUGCUGUAGGAGCUGUCGGUGCCUCUAUAGGGUAUAUGUAUGGGCACAGAACCAAAUUGCCAGUCUAUGAACAACUCAAUAUGGAGGAUAUAAUGGGCAACGAAACUCUUGAGCAGCAACGUUACGUUCAACUAGCACCAAAGGUCCCAGGCGAAGCAUAUACUGGAAAUCGUCCCCCACGUGUGCGCGGCAACUGUGCAAGCGCUGUCUCUUUCAGGGAGGAAGAUGUCAACGUCACUGAAGAUAGAGGCACGAAUGAGGAGACGCAAGGCGAAACUACUAAUUAUGAUUGGUACGCAGUGUCCGAGGGAGAGUGAGCGCGAUGUAUCAUACAUCAGAACUCAUGCUAUUAUAUUGUGACAGAUUCACUAGACGUAUUCUAAACUAUGAAG